CUGGAGUGGGUGCAUACUCGUGACUACGUUGCGGCGGUGCGCAGCCUCAGCGCCGGUUUGGCCCCUGCACAGGCGCUGCAGCCGGAAAGAUUCGGGUUCAGCGAACAGGGAGACAAUCCCGUCUAUCCGGGGAUGUACGACGCGGCCCUGCUCAGUUCGGGCGCCACGCUGGUGGCCGCCGAGUUGGUGGCCGAGAAACGGGUGGACGCGGCCUUCUCCAUUUCCGGCGGGCUGCACCACGCCGCGCCCACCCAUGCUUCAGGCUUCUGCAUCUUCAACGACCCGGCCAUCGCUAUCAGGUAUUUCCUGGACCGCGGUUUGCGGGUGGCAUACGUGGACGUGGACGCUCACCACGGGGACGGUGUGCAGGAUGUCUUUUAUCCCGACGAUCGGGUGUUGACCAUCUCCAUCCACGAAUCGGGGCAGUAUCUGUUCCCGGGCACGGGCUUCGUGUCUGAGGCAGGCGUUGGCGACGGGGUUGGCUAUUCGGUCAACGUCCCGCUGUUCCCCUACACCGAGGACGAGCUUUACCUAUGGGCUUUCCGCGAAGUAGUGCCGCCGCUGAUUCGUGCCUUCGCCCCAGACGUAUUGGUAACCCAACUGGGCAUCGACAGUUACCAUUCCGACCCCAUAACCCACCUGCAGCUAACAUCCCGGGGUUACGUGGAGGUCAUAAGGGAGUUUGCCAAAUUGGGGUUGCCAUGGCUGGCCUUGGGAGGGGGCGGUUAUGACGUGGGAGCCGUGGCCCGCUGCUGGUCCCUGGCUUACGGCGUAAUGCUGGGCGUGGAAUGGCCCGACCGCAUACCCGAGGCCGUGUCGGGCCAGUACCCAUCCACCAACCUGCGAGACACCGUGGCCAUGGACGUACCGGAUAACAUGCGGCAGCAGGCCAGGCAGUACCUGGAAGACGGAGUGGCAAACUUGAGGCGGGAAGUAAUGUCAAAGCACGGAUUGGGAUAG